AGGAGGAGGUGGAGGUGGGGGGGAGGUUGUGGAUUGUUAAGUUGGCUAAUGAUGUUACUUAUAAGCGGAUGAACCAAACUAUGGAAAAACUGCAGAAGAUGAACGAGGCAUCUUAUUCAGCCUUUCUGCGGGUGUUAUUCGGGCUGUCGUCACCUUCACCGGUACAGGAGAGCCCAGAGGCUGAAAAGAUCGAGUGGAUAGACCCAAGUCUAAAUGACUCCCAAAAAGAUGCCAUUAAAUUUGCUUUGGCGUCACGGGAAGUGGCAUUAAUUCAUGGCCCUCCAGGGACUGGCAAAACUCACACUCUGAUCGAGCUCAUCCUGCAACUUGUCAAGUUGAAGCUUCGCGUCCUCGUCUGCGGCACGAGCAAUAUCUCAGUAGACAACAUAGUGGAGCGCCUCUCUCCACACAAGCUGCCCAUUCUCCGCCUUGGACACCCCGCACGCCUCCUCCCCUCAGUCCUGAACCACUCACUUGAUAUACUGACGCAAACCUCUGAUGCUGCAGCCAUCGUGCGCGACGUGCGCAAGGAGAUGGAUAGUAAGCAGGCCUCGAUCCGCAAGACGAAAUCGGGGCGAGAGCGUAGGGGAAUCUAUGGAGAGCUACGAGAGCUACGGAAGGAGUUUCGCGAGAGAGAGAAGAAGUGUGUGGCGAAUCUGGUGAUGGGGAGUAAGGUUGUGCUUGCUACGCUUCACGGGGCUGGUGGGUUCCAGCUUAGGGGCGAGCAGUUCGAUGUUGUGCUCAUCGAUGAGGCAAGUCAGGCGCUGGAGGCACAGUGUUGGGUUCCUCUGUUGCAGGCCGAUAAGGUGGUUUUGGCGGGCGAUCAUUUACAGUUGCCACCUACGAUUAAGAGCUUGAAUUCGAAGGUUAAGGCAAAGGUAACGAAGAAAGGAGAUGGGGACGGAGAGGCUGAGGAAGCGAUUAUCAAAGGGAUGACUCUGGAGACUACGCUAUUUGAUAGACUAUUGGCCAUGCAUGGGGAAGGCAUUAAGCGGAUGUUAACUACGCAGUACCGGAUGCACGAGACUAUCAUGAGGUUUCCAAGCGACGAACUGUACGGGGGGAAGCUGAUAGCUGCUGAGGCGGUUAAGGCGAGGCUUUUAACAGACCUGCCGUAUGAGGUUCAGGACACAGAAGAUACGAGGGAGCCUCUUGUCUUCUGGGACACGCAAGGAGGCGACUUUCCAGAAGCAAGCGAGGAAGAGGGGGUCAGUAAGAAGACAGGUAAGGGCCUGAUGGGCGAAAGCAAGAGCAACGAGAUGGAAGCUGCGCUUGUGAAGCUGCACGUGAAGAACCUUGUCGAGGCAGGCGUCAAGCCAGAGGAUAUCGCCGUUGUCACACCCUACAACGCACAGCUGGCGCUGAUGUCAGGUCCGCUGAAAGAGGAAUUCCCUGGCAUCGAAUUAGGCAGUGUGGAUGGGUUCCAGGGGCGAGAAAAGGAGGCGAUCAUCGUGAGCUUGGUGCGUAGCAAUGGCGAUGGCGAGGUGGGUUUCCUGGGCGAGAAGCGCCGUCUAAACGUUGCUAUGACGAGGCCCAGGCGUCACCUGUGUGUCAUCGGUGAUGCGGAAACAGUAGCAAAGGGAAGCGGGUUCCUGAAACGCUGGAUGGCCUUCUUGGAAGAAGUCUCUGAUCUCAGAUAUCCCGAUUUGGCUAUGCUUAGUAACCCUUGAUGCCUCACGUCGCAUGGCAUCAAGGUGGAGAUGCGAUGAACGAGAUAAACGUGGGCUGAGGCCUAGAUAGAUGCACGUCCUUCCGGGCCCCACGAAUAGCUGAUUGUCGUUAUUAUGGCUUAACUGGACGUCCAGGCACGGCGUCCGGAACUGUAGCGCAACUGUAGCGGGCGCGGGGCCGCCCCUCCGCUAUUUGGAUGCGUGGCGGUGAGACACUCCAGGGUCUGGGACCGGAUGAACGGUGAAGUGGAGUCUCCGUCUUAGGCGUUUCAUAACACUGUAGCGUGAAGAUCAGCUCUCAUGCACGGCCGUGUUGGCACUGCACUAUUUGGCGGCUGAAUGGCAAAGAAAGACCACAGGGAUGGCCAGAACCGUUGUGGCUUGGGAUGAAGUCGUCAGUGAGGCAUAAAUGCGGCCAAUGAUACUCUAAAAGUGAUAUAUAUAUUCGACGCCUGGGCUGAAAGGCGAUUUUGCUUGCUGCAGUUGCCAAUAUUCCUUCCCCUGGCGCCGCUGCAGGGUACCUUAUCACUCGCUUACUGUGGAGCAAUUUACAGCGGAUGGUACCUUGACUAGAAAGUCAAAAGGUGUCCAGACUGUUGCGCUACAGACGACCAACAUCGUCCACCACGCAUCAACCAUGCAUCGCUACUAGAGUACUCUAGAGUACUCUGUAGUGUGCAAUGUGGCGGCCACGAUCCCCCUCUGUUUCACCACUUUCCCCACCACUCGCAUUGACCGCCAUCGGCAAUAUUUUACCCUCCACCUCCAUCACCGCUACACAAGACUUCAAAUCACAAACACAAGGCAAGACUAAACCACCCAAACCCCUUCAUACUCACGCCACGAAGACUGGCGUAACGCUCAGCCUCUCACACCAUCCUGGCCACUACCUGCAUAAACCAACUCCGACGUUGCAUUGAUCCAUUUACACUUCCACUUUCGGGAGUUAUGGAGCACAAAAGGUAGGCAACAUGGCUGGCCCUUUGCCAGGUUCUCCUCACCAUGAGCCGCUAUCCGAACCACGCAGGGUACCAUUGCUAGGCCUAACAUACAUUGUUGGACGUCACCUUCUCUAUUGAUGCGGUCGAGGGGUGUAGUACGUACAUCCCUUUAACUCUCGGCACGUCUCAACUGGCCCAAAGCGGGGUGGUUCGAUACGAGGCUGCAUUACCAGCGCGAUAAUGCUGGCAGCGUGUACACCAGCGCAUUCUCUUCCAGAGCCUGGAUUCCCACGAAUGAAGUUCCCGUUUCCCUCUUGCAUGUUGCAUAUGUUUCAGUGUCCCAUCCAGGACACACUUGCAUUCGCCUGUGUUGCAGGAUAUAUGACCAGUGACAUGCCCGUGAAUGCAUAGAGUUGACUUAUUUCCCUUGAUGAAUGACGGGGUCGCAACAGCUGUGCUGAUAAUGCUUUCAGUUGUGGGUGUGCUGGCCGAAUAUAGUGCAUGAUAGGGGGAAGAGACGAACAUGACUCGAAAAUACACUCAUUGAUUUAACUCGUGGCGAUUCUGCCCGCUCCUCUUCUUCUUUAUUCCAUUCUCCCUUUUUAAGCAACAACUUUUCGCUAGGUUUGCUUGACGCGGCCGUCCUUGAGCGCCAGCACGAGCUAUAACGAUGAGCAAACUAUGGGGCGGGAACCGAAAGGGUGGUGAACAGACUCCAGUCUCUACAGUUCGUGGAAAGAUAUCGGCGCCAAUACCUAUCCCGACCGAUGACGAUGAGCUUCCAGAACGAAUUCCCGUGGUGGGGUUGGCGAUACCGUUUGGAUACGACACUGCAGAUAUAACCGCAGACGACGGCCAGGGGACUAUACAUAGCCAGACACAGACAAGUAUACAACGGUCACCGCCGCGCAGGAUAAGCCCACAGCGUCUAUCAGGCGACGAGUUACGAAGGUCGACAACUGGGAGCAGGUUUAGAGAGUCUGGCCUACUCAGUCCCCUCGCAAGCCCAGCGAAGCCUGAGCGGCGAAAAGGGUCUUUUAGAGCUGCUCUUGGUCGUUUAUUUGGCAAGAAGCCAAAGGGCAACGGGGAGCCAUUAUCCAAUGGACAUGCAGAGGGCCGGGCAAACCAUAAGCAUCACAAGAGUGAUCCCACGGCAUUAUCGAACGCGGCAGAUAAACCAACCUCUCCCCAGCGAUCGAACUCUCUGCCCCUCAACCAAAUCAACCGGGGUUUGGCUUCACAUCCGACCUUAUUAAAUAACGAUCCGUUGGGGCAGGACGACCAGCCAGAGAAUUCGCCUACACGACCGCGAAGAGCCACCAUCCCCAGCCGUCUCUUCAGCAACGCACCUGCUAUGUAUACCGGGUUCUCUGGGCUCUCUCCUCGCCCAACCAGCCAUGGACGCGAGGGCGCCACGUCCCGAAUCGGCCAAGCCAUGACAUCUGGCGCUCACCCAAAUCGGCGCUCUAGGAGUGCGGGGCAACUUAAAACGCUGUCAGGCUUCACAUCGCCCUUGCCCAAAAGACGCAGUGAGGAAAUUAGACAGUGGAGAAGUAGUUUCGAUGCUUCGGGGCCACUGAGCCCGUGGAGUAGCCAAAGGCCCGAUACCGCUGUUACAGCACAGUCUCAACCCGAUCCCUCUCAGCAGGACGAGGAAGCGAUGCCAGGCCUAGCAAUUGAUGGGAGCGAGGCGAACGAGGCAUCAUAUCCUGACCCUGAACCGUUCAAUUUCGGUCCUAUAGGCCCCAUGGCCAUGGCUGGGAUGACCAUCACUCAAGCCGCAAGCCUCGAGGACCGAGUGUUAUACCUCGAAGCACGCUUGCGGGAGAUGGAACAGGCCAUAUCCAGCUGGAGCCCGGGGCCUCAUGCGAACGGCCACACCACGGCCGCAGACCCACAGCAUCUCCAACCACCCAUCCCACCAAAACACGCAAGCCGCCCCUUCUCAGCCGAAUUCGGGUCCGGAUCCGAAACUCUAGCUGGACGAGGCCCUCACAGCCGCGACGGCACGCCCAGACCCGUUACACCCACCCGGCAACCGCGCAGCCGCUCCACCACCGACACCACAGAGCCAUCUCACGGGCCGGGAGACCCAUCUCCGCGGCGUCGCGAACAGAUGGAAGAUUGCAGCCCGACGAGUAAGUACUCAACGCCCGAGUCGAGCGGCGCGCAAAUCGCGACGCCGACGGGGACAAUGCGCGGGUUCCCGCCGUUCUCGGGAAUGCCGCUGAGCAAGCACGGGUCGCUGACUGCGCAUCACUACUCUGCGCUGCUGAAUCUGAUACAGGUUGAGCGGAAGGCGAGGGAGGAGCUGGAGGAGAAGGUUGGGCUUGUGGAGAGGAGGUUGGGGGCUGCGAUGGCGGGCGUGGGGAGGGGGGAGGAGAAGAGGAGGAGGAGUGAGGGGUUGAGGGGGAUGAAGGAGGAGAUGGAGAGGAGGGAGAUGGAGGUGAGAGAGGCGAUGGAGGAGGAUAUGGAUUCGGAUGUUGACAUGGGGAAUGGGACGCCGAGGACGAUGAGUUUGAGUCAGUUGACGCUGGGGAAGGGGGGGGCGCUUCAGGAUGUGGUGUUCUGAGGGGGGUCUUAUGAUUGGGGAUCGGGUUGUAUUUGUAGGAGCGGGAUGGCUGGAUGGGUAUGGUCUGGCGUUGAAUCGAGGGAUGGAAUGUGCAUUUAGCGCCGUUGUAAUUUAUAGCUUUUAGCGUCGAGCGUUGAAUAAUACCAAUAUUUAUAACUUCA